ACAGCUCUACUGACUGGAAACCUUGUGACCAAUUUCAGAAUCUUUGCCAGAUCAACAGUUGGACGACUGCAACCUGCUUGUGCUUCAUCAGACAACAUGGACUGCAGCAUUGUCACCUCCAAGACCGUCCUCGUCUUCGUCAGCCUGGUCUUCUGGGUUGCAGGAGCCGGUUUGGCCUAUGUGGGUGCCCAGGUGCUGAGCAGCUAUGACACCUUCGAUCGCUUCGUCCAGGACAGGUACACGGUCAUCCCAGCCGUCGUCAUCAUCUGCAUCAGCGUGGUGAUGUUCUUCUUUGGCCUGCUGGGAUGCUACGCCACCAUGAAGGAGUCUAAAGUGGGCCUGAGCUGUUUCUUUAUGAUCAUCAUGGUGUUGUUUAUAGCUGAGGUGGCCGCUCUGGUGCUCAGCUUCAUCUACCAAGGAAAGCUAAACGGAGAUCUGGAGAACUCCAUGAACAUCGUCUUUGGAAAGUUUGGCAGUGGAGACCCCGAGACGAAAGCUGUGGACUACCUCCAGACUGAGUUGCAGUGCUGCGGUGUGAGUAACUACAGCGACUGGUCCAACACCACCUGGUACCGCAACCACAACAGAACGGUGCCUCUGUCCUGCUGUAAGAAUGUGACCGCACAGUGCACUGGCAAGAUGGACGAGUUGGACUUGCUCAAUUUAGAGGGUUGUGAAGCCAAGCUGGAGCUGCUGCUGCAGGACAUCCUGGGGUACGCCAUGCUGGUCAUUCUAGCCUUUGCUAUCGUCAAGGUCUUCGGGAUGCUGAGCGUGUGCGUGAUCUCGUGUCAAACUGGCAGCCGGAGGAGUGGCUACCAGCCUCUCUAUGCCUGAAACUGUCGCAGUAUCAUCGCCGCAUGACACAGUACAACUGUUAAAAAAACAAAACUAUUGGUAUAACACAGCAUCCAUCAUGAAUGUUACUCAUUUUAUUGUAUUUUAUUUCUGAAGGUUCACUCAGCUGACAUUCCGUGAGUAUCCCUUUUUUGCCACCAAUAGGAAAGAUUAAAUAGCCACACAGGGUUUUGAGUUGCUCGUAUAGUGUAGGUGGUAGCUUAAAAAAAAUGGCAAAGGAUUUUUCACUGGAAUGAACUGAAUGUCUUAAGAGUUGUCAUAUUUAUAGUUCUAGCCCACUGAUUGGAAUUGAAUCUGCCUAAGCUGUAUUUUAAUGAUGAUGCUUUUUUGUCUUUCUAAAAUAAUAAAGUGAGUGUUUCACAUGAA